UUGCAGUUGUUUACAUUAGCAGCACAGUAGCCGACAUGAUUUUUCUGCGUCCACCAGAAAGAAAAGCUACUAAAGUUCGACGGAAAAGAAAGAAACCGCCGUCGGAAAAUGACGAAGGACUCUUCAUGGGCUUCUUACAAACACUGCUUAAUCUGGGAUUUAUCAUCCUUGUUUUCACCAUUGCAUCCUCAAGAGGAGAAUGGAUCUUAGACGUUAUUCAAUAUUUCCAAAGCAAAGAUAACACAACGUUUUCUAUCGACGAAUACGUGUAUAUUCCUAACAUCCAGUGGUCCGAGCUCAAACCAAGUCAGAGUUUACCUAAGUUUCUCCUCUACUCGGCGUUUCUCUCAGUUGUCGUGUACAAUGUGUUGACUGGUCUAUGGUAUUGGCUUUUCUAUAGUGGUAAACAACAAAAGGGUUUUGCGGACAUUGAAGAAGAUUCUACAAUAUUUAAUGACGUUAUUCUCAGUUCCUUCAAUAUUUCACUGGGAUCUGUAGUUUGUGCUCUAAUAUCGUGGUACAUUCCGAUUAAAACGUAUGCCUUCUUGUAUUAUGAUAUUUCAAACCGAGGCUGGUUAUACUUUUCUGUGUCAGUUCCUGCGCUAUUUCUUUACCAUGAAAUUAUGACUUACUAUCGACAUAGGACUUUCCAUUCUUCUGUAAUGUAUAAAACUAUUCAUUAUUGGCGCCACUGGCCUAAGCAGACGACAUGGAGCUUCUGUGUAAUCCAUCCUGUGGAAUUAAUUAUUUUGGUGAUGCAAAUCAUUCUACCCAUUUACCUGUUCCCUGUUCAUAUUGCUCUUUAUAUACUGGUUACAACAUAUGCCAUAUACACGGAUUUAAUGUUUCACUCCAACAAAAAUGUCUUUCAACAGAUUCAUCGAAAACAUAAAAACGUUAAUUUUGGAGCGAGCACCAUGUUGAUGGACUGGGCUUGUGGAACACUGAGACGUGACGUAUAUGACCAGUCAGUGUUUACUGAUCCGGGUACUGUCACCGGGGGAACUAGUAACAAGGAGGACUAGCUAAGUGGCUCCUAUUGACUCAAUGUGACUUAGUACAUAUUCAAAUGUACUUAUAUAGAUCCUCAGUAUUGCUAUUAUUUGUUGGUUAUUUUGUAAAACUAUUGAUAUCGCACUUUUUACUUGACAUGUACAUUUAUUUGGUAAAAUUGAUGUGUAAACAGUGUAAUGUACAAGCAUGAUGUUGUAAAAGUAUGCAGUGGUUGUUGAAAACGAAGAGUUGUAUGAAUUGAGCAUUAAAACUUUAUUUAUGUGUGUAUUUUUAUUGAUAAAUGAAAAUCAUACAAGCAUAAUGUGAUCCAGAACUGUUACAGUAAUUAUCAUAUAGGGCCUCAUGUGUCAUGUAUUUGUAACGUAUUGCUGAGAAAGCUAUGUUGACUAACAUUCGUUUUAGAAUGAUUUUUUGUUUGUGCAUUUUAAUUGUGUCUUAGA